GCAGUAGCUUAGAGGACGCGUACGCCGAUAGAGAGCGCUGGCCGCGGUCAGCUGAGAAAGGCGCUAUUCGCAGAACACGUAUCCGCCUGCACGGAAGUAGUAUUUCGUUAUAUGCAGCAAGAGAAACAUGUUUGGAACUUCCCCCGCCCCUCCUUUCUUACGCGACUAAGUAACCGUUUCCCAAAGACAGUAUCCCAACGAUAAGGGGAAGGAAGGGAUUCAUUCUUAUUAUUCUUAUUUUUUAUUAUUAUUUAAUUUUGGACAUUUCUCAUCAAAGUGCACGAUUCCUCCCUCCAGACCAGGCUGGUCGCUUUUGUUUUUGUUCGUCUGCUGGUGGAAUUUGAAAUCAGAUUCUAGACCCGUUCACCUGAUCAAAGGUGUUUCAGUUUCUAAUUCUAAACUAAAUUAUGGCACCUGGUCGCAAGAAGUGUGUAAUACGGGCGUGCCCCCAUCAUCACUUUUCACUUGACAAAAUUGCUGGUACCCCAAUCAGGCCGCUUUCAUUUCCAAACAGCAAAUUUAAAAGGAUGCAGUGGUUGGAGUUUGUUUAUAAGUUUAAUCUGACUAUUUUGGAACCUACCAAGCAAGACUUCCUUUGUUCUGCUCACUUUACUCCUGAUUCAUUCAUCAAUGACAAGUUGAAGGCUUCUGCUGUACCAACAAUUGAUCCUGAAUCUGUACGAAAACUAGCUAUAGAGAAUGGUGAUAUGAGACCAGUUGUUCUGGAUACAAGAGUAACAAUAAAGAAUGGUGAAGUUCUUGAUUCUCCAUCAGUUGUAUACUUGCAAGAAAUGAAAGAAGUACAUAAUCAAGAUGUAUCUGACAGUUAUUCUAAUCCUAUGUGUAAAAGAAGACGCAUUGGGGACCUGUGUGCCACUGAUUUCACCACCCAAAAAGGCAUCAAAAUUGCUUUGCAGCUUGUAAAUAGCACACUUAAAGUCUGGAGUGGAACUGGAGUAGUUACUCGAGGGCCUGGAAACUCCAAAGUAGCGGGUGGAAAGGAAGUAGAAGUAGUAGAGAAAUGUGAAGGAGAUUGUUAUGCUCAAUGUGAAGUUCAAGAGAAUGCAGAAAAUUUUGACAGUCCCUCCCCUGUGUACAUUUCUGAUUCUGAUUAAUGUUUAAUAUGUAUGUUUUCCUUAACUAAAAUUAAUGCCAUUGAGAAUAAAAUAUAUUAAAAGUC